AUGCAGCACAGGAACUAUAAACUCCUGCUUUCCACCACAAACAAAUACCUGCAACAGAAACGGGAGAAGGCGUAUGACUUACACAGGAGAAAGCUUGAAGAGACCAGAAGGAUUCAGAGGGAAAACAACAUGCUCAAGGAGAAAAUAUCACACAUUAUGGCGACAACUGGAAGAGUUGACAACAGGAAUGACUACGACAAGAAAAGCCUCAGCAAGGAGAGGCAACAGAGGGAGUUGCUCCGUAUCACCAAGCAGAAUCAAAUGAUCCAGUUUCGUCUGAGCAAGUGCAAGCCUCACUAUCACGCGAGGAGCUGGAAUGAAGACUGGCUCAAGACCCUCAAGUUGAGGGACAGCAUUGCACGUUAUCCACGAGGAGGAGCAAAUCAGCAAAAGGGGCAUGAAAAACCCAGCGAGAUGAGCACUGAUGGUGAUAAAGAACAAAGGAUAAGCACUGAUGCCUCCACACACAGCCGCCCUGCAAGCAGCAAAGCGAAUGGAAAAGCAGAUUCUAGGCAAAAUGAAAAGAGGAAGGAGACCAAUAAGAACGAGGAUGCAGGAGGAGAAGUACACAAAGAGUCAGCUGCACAAUUUGACUCGAAACCGAAUGUACCUGAGAAAUCCAUCUCGGCAAAUACAGCUGAGAAUCCUGGUUCUUCUGACACCAAUUAA